AAGCUCACGUGUGCGGUUCCACUCCCACAUGGCGAUGCUUCUGAGGAGGUUCCUGCAGUCUCGAGGGCCCCUGGCGGCCUUGGGCCUCACGGUGGGACGGCAUGAGGCCAGCCUAGUCACUGAUACUGGGGCUGCUGUGCGAGUGCGGUUCGCCCCCAGCCCCACAGGCUUCCUGCACUUGGGUGGCCUCCGCACUGCUUUGUACAACUACAUCUUUGCCAAGAAGCACCAAGGGAGCUUCAUUCUGAGACUGGAGGACACGGAUCAGACCCGCCUUGUGCCUGGAGCAGCAGAGAACAUUGAGGACAUGCUGGAGUGGGCAGGCAUCCCCCCUGAUGAGAGCCCUUGCCGGGGAGGUCCUGCCGGGCCUUACCGGCAGUCUCAGCGACUCGAGCUGUAUGCCCAGGCCACAGAAGCUCUGCUGAAGACAGGCACUGCUUACCCCUGUUUCUGCUCACCCCAGCGGCUCGAGCUCCUGAAGAAGGAGGCCCUGAGGAACCAUCAGACACCCCGGUACGACAACCGAUGCCGGAACCUGAGCCAGGGACAGGUGGCCCAGAAGCUGGCCACAGGCCCCAAGCCCGCCAUCCGCUUCCGCCUGAAGGAGGAGGCGCCAGCCUUCCAGGACCUGGUGUAUGGCUGGAAUCGGCAUGAAGUGGCCAGUGUGGAGGGGGACCCGGUCAUCUUGAAGAGCGAUGGCUUCCCCACGUACCACCUGGCUUGCGUGGUGGACGACCACCACAUGGGUAUCAGCCACGUGCUACGGGGCUCAGAGUGGCUGGUCUCCACCUCCAAGCACCUGCUCCUCUAUCAGGCCCUGGGCUGGCAGCCUCCUUGCUUUGCCCACCUCCCCCUGCUGCUCAACAGGGAUGGCAGCAAGCUCUCCAAGAGGCAAGGGGACAUUUUCCUGGAGCAUUUUGUGGCUGCUGGCUUCCUGCCGGAUGCCUUGCUUGACAUUAUCACCAACAGUGGCUCAGGAUUUGCAGAGAACCAGAUAGGCAGGACCUUGCCAGAGCUGAUAACACAGUUUGACCUCACCCGCGUCACCUGCCACUCAGCCCUGCUGGACCUGGACAAGCUCCCAGAAUUCAACAGGCUGCACCUGUGUCGGCUGGUGAGCAGUGAGACCCAGAGACGCCAGCUGGUGGGGAAGCUGCAGGCCCUGGUGGAGGAGGCGUAUGGGAGCCAGCUGCAAGACAGGGCUGUUCUGGACCCUGCCUACCUGGAGAGGAUUGUCCUGCUGAGACAGGGUCACUUUUGCCGCCUGCAAGAUUUGGUCUCCCCAGCACACUCCUAUCUAUGGACUCGCCCUGUUGUGGGCCGAGCACAGCUGGGUGCCAUCUCGGAGAAGGUGGACGUGAUUGCCAGGCGUGUGCUGGGGCUUCUAGAAGGAUUUGGUACGAACUUAACUCAGGACGUGCUAAAUAGAGAACUGAAGAAGCUGUCAGAAGGUCUGGAAGACACCAAACACAGUAGCGUGAUGAAACUUCUCCGAGUGGCUCUCAGUGGACAACUGCAAGGACCCCCCGUGGCUGAGAUGAUGGUGUCCUUGGGAGCAAAGGAAGUCCGGGAACGAAUACAGAAGGUGCUUUCCAGCUAGAGGAAGAUGUGCAGGACAGUGGAGGUGGCCCUGGGAACCUGUUCACAUGUAAACUACAUUCAUCGGGGAGGAGGAGGAGGCCUGAGUCCCUCACGAAGCUUGCAGAAGGAACCAAGAGCGGAAACAGUCUAUGGGUGUACACCAGUGCAUGUAUGGCUUCAUGCAGGCCCAUCCUUGUGAGUUAGCCAUGGAAGCCCCACCCUAUCUCACCUCUGUGACUCUGGAAAGGAAGCCCUCAUGUGUGGUUCUGAUACCACAUUGCACAGCAGAGGUUAGGAGCUGGCCUACAGAACAGUCCAGAAGGCUUGUGUUUUAUUAUGCUUGGAAAGCUAUAACAAAAUGCCACAGACAGGUGGCUGAAACAACAGAAAAUUAUUUUCUCACAUUUUUUGGACUGCAAGUCCAAGAUCAAAGUGUUGGUAGGUUUCCCCAAAGGCCUCUGUCCUAGGCUUGCAGAUGGCUGCCUUCCCACUGUGUCCUCACAUGGCCUUUCCUCUGUGUGUGCCCUUGGCAUCUCUCUGCGUGUCCAAAUCUCCUCUUGUAAGGAUAUCAGUCAGAUUGGAGAAGGGCCCACCCUAAUGGCUCAUUUUAACUUAAUUACUUUAAAGGCCCUAUCUCCAAAUACAGUCACAUUCUGAAGUACAAGGAGUUAGGCUUAACAUAUGAAUUUGGUGGGUAGGGGGACACAGGUCUGCCUUUAACAGCUCAGCAGAAUCCUGGACUCACAGAUCCCAGUUCUCAUGCCCAGUUUGGAUUUGGAGCAAUAAAGGGUAAUUCACUCAAGCAGGACUGAAGUAGACAUCAGGCUUUCUUUGGGGGUUGUAAGGGCAAGACAUAGGCAUCUGGUGAGGUUGAACACUUAUAUAUUAUACUACUAUUCAUCUUUGGACUUGGUGAAGCCUGUGUUUCCCUUCCCUAAAGAUCAUCUGUUCCUCUUUUCCAGUUCUCCAUACCUGGUUCUUGGAUUGGAGACCUUCACCCUACCUUUAUUGCAGCUUUUUCUUCAUGUCUACCUCUUCUUUCCACGCAUUACUUGUAAGUUAUUGCAGGUUUCUGAAAUGAGAUGUUCUUUUUGGGGUGAAUAGGAAUGCUAAAGUGAAAAUAUAGUGGUUGGCUAAAAAGACCUCUGACAGAGCUUCUAG